UUCAACGAUAGGACGGCUUAUGUGUUUUACCGAUUCCCACUGGCAACGCUAACGCCUAUCAUCAUGGUUAACGUUGUCCGCUUCUCAUCGUGGUCCGUUUGGAGUUGCCUUCUAUUACUGGCAAACGGAGUUCGCGGUGCCGAAAAAUGCUUCGCCUGCGGCCCGAUAGCCGACGAAAUCAUCCAAAAGUGCGAGAAAACUGAAGUGUGCGGCAGGGUCGCCAAUUGCGUCACCGUGAGCGGUUGGAGGCAGGGCCCGUUGAAGGGGCAAAAUCCCGCGCUCGCGGGCCCCGAUCCCAUCAAGUUCUACUUCAAAGGAUGCGCCCCCGACUGCGAGUCCAUCCUACACGUGGCCCGCUUCGUCAAAGACUUCAACUGCAGUCAGUGCGCGCGUGACAUGUGCAACAGCGGCCCCUUCGUCGAGCCCGGGCCUCCUCCACCGGCCGCCUGACCGACGUGGGGUGUUAUUCGAAUUUUUUGGUGUAAUUAAAUUCGCAUCUUCGCAUGCCACGUCGGCACGA